UCUCCAGCGCCGACCCGUCACGCUGCCCUCGUCGCUGCCAUGGCGGCAGCUCCGCCGCUUUCCAAGGCCGAGUAUCUGAAGCGUUACUUGUCCGGGGCAGAUGCCGGCGUCGACCGGGGGUCUGAGUCCGGUCGCAAGCGUCGCAAAAAGCGGCCGAAGCCUGGCGGGGCCGGCGGUAAGGGAAUGCGGAUUGUGGAUGAUGAUGUGAGCUGGACCGCUAUCUCCACAAGUAAACCAGAAAAGGAGGAAGAGGAAGAUGACGGAGAUUUGCCUGUGGUGGCAGAGUUUGUGGAUGAGCGGCCGGAAGAGGUAAAGCAGAUGGAGGCCUUUCGUUCCAGUGCCAAAUGGAAGCUUCUGGGAGGCCACAAUGAAGACCUACCCUCACACAGGCAUUUUCUUCACGAUACCCUAGAUUCAUCUCCUAGGAGAGUCCGUCAUGAUACCCCGGAUUCAUCUCCUAGGAGAGUCCGUCAUGAUACCCCGGAUUCAUCUCCUAGGAGAGUCCGUCAUGAUACCCCGGAUUCAUCUCCUAAGGGGGCCCGUCAUGACACCCCAGAUCUUUCUCCCCUCAGAGGGGCUCGUCAUGACUCAGACACAUCUCCUCCCAGGAGGAUCCGUCAUGACUCCUCAGACACUUCACCUCCAAGGAGGACCCGUCAUGAUUCUCCAGAUCCUUCUCCCAGGAGGCCUCAGCAUAAUUCUUCAGGUGCAUCUCCUAGGAGAGUCCGUCAUGAUUCACCAGAUCCCUCUCCUCCUAGGCGAGCCCGUCAUGAUUCCUCAGAUAUCUCUACUACCAGAAGGGUCCGUAACAACUCCCCUGACACAUCUAGGAGGACUCUUGGCUCUUCAGACACACAGCAACUCAGAAGGGCCCAUCAUGACUCCCCUGAUUUGGCUCCUACUGUCACUCAUUCCCUCCCCAGAACCAAAAGUGGUAAAGCCCCAGAAAGAGCCUCUAGCAAGACUUCUCCACAUUGGAAGGAGUCAGGAGCCUCCCAUUCGUCACUCCCAAAGAACAGCAAAUAUGAGUAUGACCCUGACCUCUCUCCUCCACGAAAAAAGCAAACAAAAUCCCAUUUUGGAGACAAGAAGCAGUUUGAUUCCAAAGGUGACUGCCAGAAAACAACUGAUUCAGACCUUUCUUCUCCACGGCAUAAACAAAGUCCAGGGCACCAGGAUUCCGAUUCAGAUCUAUCACCUCCACGGAAUAGACCCAGACACCGGAGCUCUGAUUCUGACCUCUCUCCACCAAGGAGGAGACAGAGGACCAAAUCUUCUGAUUCUGACCUGUCCCCACCUCGAAGGAGUCAGCCUCCUGGAAAGAAGGCUGCACACAUGUAUUCUGGGGCUAAAACUGGGUUGGUGUUAACUGACAUACAGCGAGAACAGCAGGAGCUCAAGAAACAGGAUCAAGAAACCAUGGCAUUUGAAGCUGAAUUUCAAUAUGCUGAAACCGUAUUUCGAGAUAAGUCUGGUCGUAAGAGGAAUUUGAAACUGGAACGUUUAGAGCAAAGGAGGAAAGCGGAAAAGGACUCAGAGAGAGAUGAGCUGUAUGCCCAGUGGGGAAAAGGGCUUGCCCAGAGCCGGCAACAGCAACAAAAUGUGGAGGAUGCAGUGAAAGAGAUGCAAAAGCCUCUGGCCCGCUAUAUUGAUGACGAAGAUCUGGAUAGGAUGCUAAGAGAACAAGAAAGAGAAGGGGACCCCAUGGCCGACUUCAUCAAGAAGAAUAAGGCCAAGGAGAACAAGAAUAAAAAAGUGAGACCUCGCUACAGUGGUCCAGCACCUCCUCCCAACAGAUUUAAUAUCUGGCCCGGAUAUCGCUGGGAUGGAGUGGACAGAUCCAAUGGAUUUGAACAGAAGCGCUUUGCCAGGCUUGCCAGCAAGAAGGCAGUGGAGGAACUUGCCUACAAAUGGAGUGUUGAGGAUAUGUAACUUUCCUGAGGCUGUGGGGGUGGCUGGGCUGUGGUAGUGGGCAUAGGCAGCGAGAUAUCCAGUGGUAACAGUUGUCUGUGCUAAUAAUUGGAGCCCACAAAGACCAGCAACUUGUUGAAUGCCAGUUUUGACCACAGAAGAAUAUUUGAGACCUGAUGUUUGGACUGAGGUACCUGUACUUCUUGGGUAUGACAACCCCGGCUGUUGCUGGCUUUCAGAGGAAGCAUUGAUUUCUCAGUGUACCAGGGGUUGUUCUUGGUUAGGGUUUUUCUUUUCCUUUUUUAAAUAAACAUAUAUUUAUUUUUUUUAAAAUUA